AUGAGAGAAAAUAGACUGAGAUGGUUUGGGCUUGUCGUGAGGAAAGAGGGGUCAGAAGAAGUAAGAACUGUAAUGAAAAUAGACGUAGGAGGAAAGGGGAAAAGAAAAAACCCGAAAAACAGGCGGUUGGAUACGAUUGAAAGAGAAUUGAGGACGGCUGCGGUGUAUGCGAGGAUGAUGUGGCAGUUAAGUGGAAGUUUAGGACGAGGUUGGCCAACUUCGCGUAGCCGGGAUGAAGGUGAAGGAGAAGAAGAAGAUUAA